AUGGGACUAAACCACAACACGGAAGAAAAUCAGAAACUGGGGCUGAGUCUGAACUUCACCAUGGAAGAAAAUCAGAAACUGGGGCUGAGUCUGAACUUCACCAUGGAAGAAAAUCAGAAACUGGGGCUGAGUCUGAACUUCACCAUGGAAGAUAAUCAGAAACUGGGGCUGAGUCUGAACUUCACCAUGGAAGAUAAUCAGAAAUUGAGCAGAAGACUAAACUUCACCAUGGAAGAUAAUCAGAAAUUGAGCAGAAGACUAAACCACGCCAUUGAAGAGAAUCAGAACCUGAGCGUGAGUCUGAACUACACCAUGGCAGAGAAGUCCCAGCUUCAAGUGCAGAUUGAGGAGAUGAAAAUAAUAUUGAAUUCCACCAUUGAAAACCGUGACUCUUUAAGAAAAGAGAAAAUCAAAUAUCAACAGCUUUUGAUCAAUGAAAGGCAGACCUCAACUCAACUAAAAGCCAAAAUCAAUCAAUUCUGA